GAUAAUGGCCGACUUUUGAUGGCAUGUGCUCCUCCUGAUUGGAUCAUAUAUUCUCUGCAGACACUCGAGGAGUGCAUCACACAAUACAGCAACCUAGCAAUAUACUAAGAUGGGAAGCACCUCCAUUCUCUCAUCAAUAGUAAGAAGGCUCGAAGGCAAGGUUGCCCUGAUCACCGGCGGCGCCAGCGGCAUCGGCGAGUGCACGGCCAAGCUGUUCGCCCAACAUGGGGCGCGAGUCGUGGUCGUGGACAUCCAGGACGACAAGGGCCACUCUCUUUGUGCCGACCUUGGUCCCGCCGUCGCCUCCUACGUCCACUGCGACGUCACCAUUGAGGCCGACGUCAAGCACGCCGUCGACACCGCCGUCUCCCUCCAUGGGAAGCUCGACAUCAUGUUCAUCAACGCGGGCGUCAUAGACGAUUUGAGCAGUGGCUUCCUCAACUGCGAGAAGUCGGCCUUCGAGAAGGUGGUGGCCGUCAACAUGCUUGGCGCCUACCUGGGGACGAAGCACGCGGCGCGCGUCAUGGCGCCGGCGCGAGCAGGCAGCAUCGUGACGACGGCGAGCGCGGCGUCGGUGAUGGGGGGGCUCGCGUCGCCGGCAUACACAUGCUCGAAGCACGCGGUGGUGGGGCUGAUGCGGUGUGCCGCGGCGGAGUUGGGGCAGUUUCGGGUGCGCGCGAACUGUUGCCAGGAAUACCUCAGAGUUGAUCUGUUGCCAGGAAUCUCUUGCCCAAAACCCUAG